AUGCCCGAAUCUGACGCCGAGAACAGGGACUUCAGGAUCUUCGGCAUUAGGCGGUUAAGUCACUUCAAAAUACCUCAAGAGUAUAGGGAAGGACGGUGUCGCAGUGUUGCAGAAUUCGAAAAGCUGAACAGGAUAGGGGAGGGAACCUAUGGGAUUGUCUAUAGAGCUCGGGACACUGUUUCCAAGGAGGUGGUGGCUCUGAAGAAAGUGCGAAUGGAGAAUGUACGAGAUGGUAUCCCAAUAAGCAGUCUGCGGGAGAUUACACUGCUGCUCAGCUUGAAGCAUCAGAACGUCGUGCAUCUCCGCGAAGUUGUUGUUGGUCGUGGACUCGAUAGCAUUUUCCUCGUGAUGGAAUAUUGUGAACAGGAUAUGGCAAGCCUUUUAGACAACAUGCCGAAUCCAUUCACAGAAUCUCAGGUCAAGUGCAUAAUGCUACAGCUUUUCAAAGGUCUGAGGCACUUGCACGAAAAUUUCAUCAUCCACCGCGAUCUUAAAGUUUCCAAUCUAUUGAUGACGGACAAGGGCAUGGUGAAGAUAGCUGAUUUCGGUCUUUCGCGACCUACUCACUCCCACAAUCCCAUGACGCCCUGUGUUGUCACCCUAUGGUAUCGCGCACCGGAAGUCUUGCUUGGUGAUAAGAAUCAAACCAAAGCCAUCGAUAUAUGGUCUUCCGGGUGCAUCAUGGGUGAGCUAUUGCUGCACAAACCUUUGCUACCAGGACAAUCCGAGGUUCAUCAAGUUGAGUUAAUAAUAGACCUGUUAGGUACUCCUAAUGAACAGAUAUGGCCGGGGAUGUCGAAGUUGCCGGCUCUUGAGAAAAUAAACCUGAAAAAACAGCCGUAUAACAACCUAAGACACACGUUUCCAUGGCUUUCAGACGCCGGUUUACGUCUCUUAAACUUCUUGUUUAUGUAUGAUCCUGCUAAGCGCGCACGAGCUCGGGAGUGCUGCCAAAGUUCCUACUUUCGCGAACACCCUUUGCCCUGCGAACCUGACAUGAUGCCAUCGUUCCCACAACACCGAUUAAAACGAAAAGGCUCUCCCGUAGACGAUGGAAAAGGACCAGUGUCUCAACAGCACAAUGCAUCCUCAGGAUUAUUCGAUGCGGCCUUUGACAGAAUCGUAAGUGAAGAAACGCCGACUUUGAAAAUCAUCCACUCAAAUAAACUUUGUGCAUCUACGUUAUUUGCUUCUUUUGGCUUCAAGGGCACCUACGUGGAACAUCUUAUGUCCGUUACUUUAAUAGACUUUAUGAAUGAAGACGUUGACGUACCCAAUUCACCUUUUGUUACUUUUAGGAUCUUGAAUGCUGAUGUCCUAAUGCAUGAUCAUGCUGUCGAUUGUAGACAAAUGAUGGAUGUUCAUACUGGCUAA